AUGCCGUCACGUUUAUUUUUAUUGAUUUUUUUGUUUUCUAUAUUCUAUUCCGGUAACUUUUUAUUUUGUAAAAUGUUUCGAAAAUAACAUUGAAUUUCAGUAUUCAGUCGAAGUUUAACUGAUGUUGUUUGCCGUCUAAAUCCAGAAAAAUGUGAAAGCUACAAAAAUCCCGAAAGACAACAAAAGUGAGUUUUUUUCAAUAUGUUGAAUUUCUCUUAUAUUUUAGAAAUAAUCGGAAUCGUGAAACUAUAAUCGAUACUUUUGGUGGACCAUCAUUAAAAGAGUAUCAAAAAUGGUAUAAUUAUGAAGAAACAGCAGAAGGAACUGGUUUUGCACGAGAAGAUACUGGAACAAAUCCAGUUCCAUAUGGACCUGGUGAUAUUCUUCCUUUUUUCUUUUCUUUUUUUUUGGUAAAUAAUAUUUGAUUUUAGGAAUGGGUAACAUUGGAAUAUUUUCAAAUCUCGGAGUUCAAUAUGGUGUUGGUAGUUUCAAUUAUCAAAGAGAUUUCGGUAUUUCAAUGGGUGGAUCUGGUCGAAUUGGUGGAAUACCUGUUGGAUGGGGAAAUGGUGGAAUUCGACAAAUUGGAUCUGCACCUUGGAUGUUUCCUUCAUAA